CGCCCGGCCCCGCCCCCGCACAGGCCCGCCUUGCGCCUGCGCAGGCGCACUCCGCUCUGUGAAGCUACCCCGCCAUGGUGAACCUGGGGCUGUCCCGUGUGGACGACGCGGUGGCCGCCAAGCACCCGGGCCUCGGGGAAUACGCCGCCUGCCAGUCCAGGGCCUUCAUGAAGGGCGUGGUCAGCUUCAUCUCAGGUACGGGCACCACCUUCAUCCUGCUGACCUUAGCCCAGAGGAAGUUCGCGUACCAUCUGCAGUGGAGCCUGCUGGGGGCCGUGGUCGUAGGCUGUGUGGCCAGCUAUGGGGUGACCAGAGUGGAGUCCCAGAAAUGCAGCGACCUCUGGCUUUUCCUGGAGACGGGGCGGCUCCCCCAGGACCAGGACACAGGUGGGCGCAGCUAGGGGCACCUGCAGGCAGCCUUCCGUGUCCCCCAGCCUCAGGCUGGCCCACCAUGCAGCCCCACUCCAGCCAAGUCCCGUGCAUGGCGAGCCCCCAG